UCGUAAAAUUCAAACUUAAAAGAUUUAUUUAUUAUUUUACAUAAAUGUUACGCGUUAGAAAAAGUGACCCCACAGAAAAAUGUCAGGUUACGCCCACGCCACCAUCCCUUGUCGCUAAAAGUCUAGGGUGUGCGUUUUACUUUUCCUCUUCGAAAGGGACCUUGACGGGGAGACUGUGGACUCUAUGUGAUUAGCAGCAGCCGUCUACUGCAGCAUUCAUCGAUACGUUAAAAGGAAUAAAGGAUAUCGUUCUCAAGUAACAAAGCUUAGCCAUCGUUGGUUACCCAAGUUAAACGUUGAACCAAUAAAUGCUUUGCUCGGAUAGACAACCAAUUACGUAUUAGCAAUACAAUGCCUCCAACAAUAGGUCACAUGCAUUUUAUAAUGACCCCUCGUCCUUUAUUUUCAACGUACCCCGCAAAAGAAAAAGAAAAUUUCCACGCGCACUGUGGCUAUUUUUAGUUUUGUCGGCUUCGGCUUCGAAGAAUAGACACUCCAUGAGCAUAUUUAAAACGACCAUUUUAUUCUUUUUUAUAUUUUAUUUUUUUCCCCCUUGAAUUAAUUCCCAUCGAGAAAAGUCUUGCCAUUUUUAUUAUAAAAGCAAGGUCCUUUAUGCUUUACCUUCACACAACUUGUUGCACAUGGCUUCUCUCUUGGCCUCCUCCUCCCCAAGAAGCACCAACAUGGUGGCUGCCACCACCACCAUUCCGGCCACCCCCUCUUUCUCUCCCUGUUUUCCUAGAAAUACACAAGUUUCUAAAGUUGGAAAGCAAUUAUACCGCCGCAUUACUACUAGAGUGGCAUGCAGAGCUACAAAUGGUGACCAGCACAAUAUUAAUAAUGGACAAAAUCCUCAAGGGAAGUUCGAUCGAAGAGAUGUACUCCUUGGCCUCGGAGGCAUGUAUGGUGCUGCCAAUCUCCGCAAUGACCCGUUUGCGUUGGCAGAUCCGAUAUCCGCGCCAGAGUUAACAAAGUGUAGCGAGGCAGACCUUCCAGAAGGCGCACUACCAGUCAAUUGCUGCCCACCGGCAUCCAAGAAGAUCAAAGACUUUGUUUUACCUACCCAAAACUCUCCCUUACGUGUUAGGCCUGCCGCUCAUUUGGUUAACAAGGAUUACAUAGCCAAAUAUAACAAAGCCAUUGAGCUCAUGAAAGCCCUCCCAGCUGAUGACCCGCGUAGUUUCACCCAACAAGCUAAUGUCCACUGCGCCUACUGCGACGGGGCUUACACACAAGUCGGUUUUCCAGACUUGGACCUCCAAAUUCACGAUUGUUGGCUCUUCUUUCCAUUCCAUCGCUACUACGUGUACUUCUACGAGAAAAUAUUGGGCAAGUUGAUUGGCGAUCCCACCUUUGCCUUGCCAUUCUGGAACUGGGACUCCCCUCCUGGCAUGCAAUUGCCAUCCUUGUAUGCUAACUCCAACUCAGCACUCUAUAACACUCUGCGCGACGCCGACCACCAGCCACCGACCCUACUUGAUCUUGACUACAGCGGUACGGACGAGUCAACGACAAAAGAAGAUCAGUACUCUAGCAACCUGAAAAUCAUGUACCGGCAGAUGGUGUCCGGCGCCAAGAACCCGAGGCUAUUUUUCGGCAGCCCUUACCGGGCUGGGGAUGAUCCUGACCCAGGUGCUGGCUCAAUCGAGACCACUCCCCACGGUCCUGUCCACCUAUGGACCGGUGACGACACCCAACCUAACAACGAGGACAUGGGGAACUUCUACUCGGCCGGUAGAGAUCCAAUCUUUUUCGCUCACCAUUCCAAUGUGGACCGGAUGUGGACCAUAUGGAAAACAUUAGGGGGGAAACGAAAAGAUAUCACAGACCCAGAUUGGUUGAACUCCACAUUUUUCUUCUAUGAUGAAAAUGCUGAUCCUGUUCGUGUUAAGGUUAAGGACUGCGUUGAUAACACUAAGCUGAGAUAUGUUUAUCAAGAUGUGGAGAUUCCAUGGCUAAAGACCAAGCCGACUCGUAAAUCUAAGGUUAAGAAAGUAGCUAAAGUCUUUUCAGUCGGACAUGGGAGUGUAGCACAAGCGGCUGAAACAUCGAGCGUUAAGUUUCCAAUUGUUUUGGACAAGGUGAUAAGGACUGUUGUCGCUAGGCCCAAGAAAUCGAGGAGCAAGAAAGAGAAGGACGACGAGGAAGAAGUUUUAGUGGUUGACGGCAUUGAGGUUGAGAGAGAUGUUCCAGUGAAGUUUGAUGUUUUUAUCAACGACGAGGAUGACUCACCUACCGGGCCUGGAAACACGGAGUUUGCAGGAAGCUUUGUGAGCGUGCCGCAGCAGAAGAAGGGGAAGAAGAAGAAAACUCGCCUGAGGAUAGGGAUCUCUGACUUGUUGGAAGACUUGGGAGCUGAAGAUGAUGACAGCGUGGUGGUGACUUUGGUACCCCGGUAUGGGAAAGGGCAGGCCACCAUUAGUGGGAUCAAGAUUGAGCUUGUUGGUUAGAACUUAAUUAGUAAGUAAUUACAAGUUGUUUGCUGUCCUUGCUUUAUUGGCCAAUAUUAUGGGCAAACUACUUAAAUAAUUUAAUGUUUCGGUCACAACUUUUCAUAUUUUGCAUUUUCUUUUUUCUUUUUCUUCGUUCUUCUUCCUAAGUUUGUGAUCAAAUGAAUAAAACAAGCAAUACCAUGUAUGGAGUAAGGAAUAAAAAUGAGUUUUUACACA